AUGGACUGUUUCGACGGCGUCUCUCUGGAGAAGUUCCGCCAGAUCGUCGCGGACUCAAACGUGCAGAAGCAGAGGUACGAGCUCAAGGACGACGAGCACGGGGAGCGGAUCCGCGCGUGCGGCAAGAAGGCACCCGCCAGCACGCGCGACGGCAGGGCCCAGCCCACCGCCGCCAGCGAAGCGGCGCCAGCCUGCGGCCAGAAGGCGCCCGCGGACGGCGAGCUUGGCGCGGAGCAGAGACCGUCGCUUCCAGAGAGACCGCCCGGGCUCGGCCCCGGCGGCGCCCCGGAGCCCCUGCCCGCCGCGCGGGCGGGCGGCGCAGGCGACACUGUGGGCCAGCUGCAGGUCGGGUCGGUGUUCAAGGCCGCAGCGGCCAGGACGUUCGCGUACGGCUUCGCCCAGGCCGCCCAGACGGUGACACCGCAGGACCCGGCAGCGACCACGACCACCGGCGAGCAGACUGACCCGCUGUCGCAGCCCGGCGCCCUUGAGGCCACGCCGCAGCCCGCUGCAGGCGCGGCCGCGCAGCCCGAUGCCGCGGCUGCGGAGCGCGCCGCGCCGCCGCGGCCCCGGCCGUGCGCCGACGUGUCCGCCGCAGCCGUCGCCGGAGAGGCCGUGGGCGCGGCCGCGGCGGCGGCCGGCUCGGAGGGCGGCGCCCCCGCAGGCCGUGCACCCGUGGUCAUACUCCCGCCGCAGCAGGGGCCGCCCGUGGCCGCCGCACGGCCGCCGGCGGGCGCCGCGGCCACGACCGCGGCGGAGCCGCGCUGGCCCGCUGCACCCGUGCCUCUGCAGCCCUGCGCCGGCGGCGUGGGCGCCGACGGGCGCGCGGCGAGCGCCCCGGGCCUCGGGGAGCCGGCUCGUUGGGCCUCGAAGGAUCUCGUGCCUGUGGCGCCAGCAGCGCUGCAGAAGGUCUACGCGGUCGCGCCGGCACCCGUGGUCGCCGUGGCCGGCAAGGUGGCCUUGGCGCCCUCGGUGACCACCGCUGGGCCCCCGCCGGUGCUGUACCCCUUCUACGCGCCUCGGCCCGCCGAGCCUCUGCGGGCGCCGAGCCAGGCAGGUGCGGCCGAGAAGGCGGCGGUCCUGGAGGUGCCGGAGGGGCAGCAGAAGGUGAAGGUGGUCCGGAGGCGGAAGACGACGUGCGUGUGCUGA